AAGAUUUAGAUUACAAUGGAAGCAAGGAAGUUUCAAUCUUUGCUUUAUUCCAUUUCUGAUUACUAUAAAAACCCUUACAAUGGCAAUUGCAACACACAACCCAAUUCAUUUUCUUUCUUCUCUGCCUUAAAUCCCACCCUUAUAGCCAUGGCCUUCAGGUCACCACUCGCAGCUGCUCCAGGCACUGGCGCUACCCAGAAACUUAUCAAGAGUGACCGGAGCAUGUUAGCUCUUUCCGAUGAGAAUUCAAUGAUGAAACAAAUUCUGACAACCCAUGCUCCUGAUGGUCGAGAGUUUGAUGUCAGACCUCUCCUUCAUGUUGUUGAAGACAUCCUCAGUCGUGCCACCCUUCAAGUUGAGAGCACCUUGACGGCUACCCAAGCUCAAGCAGAUAUUGAGGACAAGAAUCGUCAAGGCAAUUUCGUUGCCAUGCUUGAAUCAUUGUCAUUUGUUAUUGACAGAAUUGCUUGCGAGAUUUCCUACAAGGCUUUAGGUGGAUCAGAUGCUCAUGCCACAACUAUGUCAUUAUUCAACAUGCUGUCAAGCUACUCCUGGGAUGCGAAGCUGGUACUGACCAUGGCUGCUUUUGCUUUGAAUUAUGGAGAAUUCUGGCUCCUUGCACAGAUUUACUCCUCAAAUCCACUUGCUAAAUCAAUGGCAAUCCUCAGACAAUUGCCUGUCAUCCUGGAACAUACAGGCCCAUUGAAGCCUCGGUUUGAUGCACUUAACAAACUGAUCAGAGUCAUGACGGAUGUGACUAGGUGCAUAGUUGAGUUCAAGGAAUUACCAUCUAUUUAUAUUUCCUCAGAAGUUCCUGCACUGGCCACAGCCAUUGCUCACAUCCCAACUGCUGUCUACUGGACCAUGCGGAGUGUCGUGGCUUGCGCAACUCAGAUUACCAGUCUCACCACCUUGGGACAUGAGUUUGCGACCACUGAGGCAUGGGAACUAUCCACCUUGGCUCACAAACUUCAAAACAUACAUGAACAUUUAAAGAAACAGCUCUUUUUUUGCCACCAACACAUAGAGGAGAAGAGGAAUGUUGAAGCAUAUCAAAUGCUUCUGAAUCUCUUCGAUGCAGUUCACAUUGACAACAUGAAGAUCCUGAAGGCUCUGAUUUACGCCAAGGAUGACAUCCCACCAUUGCUUGAUGGGUCUACAAAGAGAAGGGUUAAUAUUGAUGUGUUGAGAAGGAAGAACGUGCUAUUGCUUGUUUCGGGGCUAGACAUUUCCCAUGAUGAGCUCUCGAUUCUUGAACAAAUAUACAAUGAGUCCAGGCUCCACGCCACCAGGCUAGACAGUCAGUACGAGGUUGUCUGGAUCCCAAUUGUGGACCCUUCAGUAACCUGGAACGACUCUAAGCAAAAGCAGUUUGAGGCUCUGCAGGCUACGAUGCCAUGGUACUCGGUUCACCACCCAUCAAUAAUCGAAACGGUGGUUAUUAAAUUCAUGAAGGAGGUGUGGCACUUCAGAAACAAGCCUAUUCUGGUGGUGCUUGACCCUCAAGGCAAAGUUGUAUGCCCUAAUGCACUGCACAUGAUGUGGAUUUGGGGAAGCAACGCCUUCCCUUUCACUAGCUUGAGAGAAGAAUCCCUCUGGAAGGAGGAAACGUGGAGGCUUGAGCUUCUUGUUGAUGGCAUUGAUCCAACUAUUCUCAACUGGAUUAAGGAAGGGAAGUACAUUUUCUUGUAUGGAGGAGACGAUGUCGAGUGGGUUCGAAAGUUCACUAACCAGGCACGAGCAGUUGCACAGGCAGCACGUAUCCCACUGGAGAUGGUUUACGUGGGGAAGAGCAGCAAGAGAGACAAACUCCAGAGAGUCAUAGCCACAAUCACAGUUGAGAAGCUGAGCUACGUUUGGCAAGAUCUGACAAUGAUAUGGUUCUUCUGGACAAGGUUAGAAAGCAUGUUGUUCUCCAAGAUUCAACUCGGCAAGAUCGAUGAAUACGAUCCUAUGAUGCAAGAAAUCAAGAAACUGCUCAGCUACGACAAAGAAGGUGGAUGGGCUGUGCUCAGCAAAGGAUCUAACAUUGUUGUGAAUGGUCACAGCACCACAGUUUUGCCAACACUGACGGAGUUUGAUAUCUGGAAGGAGAAUGUGCCAGUCAAGGGAUUCGACUUGUCGUUUAAGGAGCAUCAUGACAAGCUUCACGGCGUUACUCAUCCUUGCUGCCGUUUCGAGUUUCUUAGCACCGGUAGGAUCCCGGAGGGAAUGAAAUGCCCCGAGUGCCUCCGCAACAUGGAGAAGUACAUCACCUUCCUCUGCUGCCAUGAGGAAACCAUUGAAGAGAUGCUAUAAACAACAUAUACAGCUGCAGCCUGCUAAUGCUUGAUGUGUAGCAUUAGUGUUGAAUUACCUUUUAUAUUUGAUAUCUAAGAUUUAUAUUUCUCGUUAUAUGAUGUCAAUGGCUGCCAUGCGAGUUUAAGCUGGCAUUUGAAGCCAUAAAUAAAAGAUUUGAUGAGAUUUCUGAUGUAAUCAUCACUUUAAUUACCAUAUUCGUUAAUUAAUGCAAAGUGAAAUUUUUUGUUUUGAUUUCAA